AUGUCGACUCCAGCGGCUUCAGAGGCUUUGGGCAGGAUUGGUCCUGCAGCAGCUGAUGCUGUGCCGCAGCUGAUCAUAGCGCUCAGGAAUGAAGAUGCAGGGGCGCGAGCCGCUGCUUCAGAGGAUUUGGGCAAGAUUGGUGCUGCAGCAGUUGAUGCCGUGCCGCAGCUGCUUAUGGCGCUCAAGGAUGAAGAUGCAUGGGUGCGAGCUGCUGCUUCAGAGGCUUUGGGCAAGAUUGGUCCAGCAGCAGCUGAUGCUGUGCCGCAGCUCAUCAUGGUGCUCAAGGAUGAAGAUGCAGGGGUGCGAGCUGCUGCUUCGGAGGCCUUGGGCGAGAUUGGUCCUCCACCAGCUGAUACUGUGCCGCAGCUGCUUAUGGCGCUCAAGGAUGAAGAUGCAGUGCUGCGAGCAGCUGCUUCAGAGGCCUUGGGCUACAUUGGUCCUGCGGCAGCUGAUGCUGUGCCGCAGCUCAUCAUUGCGCUUAAGGAUGAAGAUGCUAGGGUGCAAGACUCUGCUUCAGAGGCCCUAGGCAAGAUGGGCUCUGCACCAGCUGAUGCUGUAAAUCAGCUGGUCAUAGCUCUUAAGGAUGAGGAUGCAAGGGUGCGAGCCGCUGCUUCAAAGGUCUUGGGCAAGAUUGGCCCAUCAGCGAGAGAUGUCGCGAUCGGGCUGUGCAAUGCGCCGGCAGGUGUUGGUGGGACAUUGAGCAAGAUCGUCAUUUUCUUCAAAACACCUCUGCCGUUGCCGGGUGCGGACGUACACGUAGAAGGUGGCACCUCACUUGAUCCGAUCGUAGCCAAGGCAGUGGUGCACUCGAUUUGGUGCUGCCAGAGACAAGAUGUGAUCAGCACAGCGUUGAAGGUUCUACCAGAAUCCAUGAAGAUGCUUGAGCUCAGUGCCUUCCAACGGCGCUGGCUUGUGCAACGUGCUUUGCAGAUGUGGCCGCAUGAGGCGGUCGACUGCAAGCUGCAGAUUCUGCUGGAUUGUAAGUGGGGUCAUACCUACCCAGCAGAGCCAGCCAUGAGUGAAGCGGGCUCCAACGAGCUGCCUGGACUUGGGCCGGUCGACACCGAUGAAACACUGUCUUACCAGCGGGACGAAUCCCUGGCGUACAGUUCUGGGGAUGGGGUGCCGCCGACAAGGAAGAGCGGGCUCAUUUACUUCAGGUCUUUACGUGCCAGUGUGCAGGUGCUUGGGGACGGUCUCCGCACCGUUUGA